ACCUCAGACACCUCAGACGCACUGUGUGUGUGUGUGUGUGUGUGUGUGUGUGUGAUUAAAGUGGAUUUAGUGUUGGACUGAGCAGCAGACAGUGAACAGUUUGGAGACUCUCUCUCUGACGUCAGGAGGCGAGCUGGAGUCUGUCAGUGACAUCAUCAACAGGUGACACCCUUCCCAUGGUGCCCUGCUUCCUCCGGGGUCGCCAUGGGAGACGAGUCUUACCCAGAAUGCCGAGCCCAGGAGCUGUUUGAUGAGUUUGUGUCAGCGUCGACCUGCAGGGCGGCGCUGCGGUCCUUUGGCCAGCUGUGUGAACAUCUGCAGCUGGACCAGAGUGCUGCCGAAAGGCCGCUCUAUCGACCAAUCAAACACCGCCUCAACUACUGGAGGGCCAACGCUCUGUGGGCGAAACUGGAUCGUAGGGCUGCUCAGCAGGAGUACCUGAAGGCCCGGGCCUGCAGCGGCACCACGUGUGUGAUCAUCGGGGCUGGGCCCUGCGGUCUGAGAACGGCGGUGGAGCUGAGCUUCAUGGGAGCUCGGGUGGUGCUGCUGGAGAAGAGAGACUCUUUCUCCAGGAACAAUGUGCUCCACCUGUGGCCCUUCACCAUCCAUGACCUGCGGGGCCUCGGCGCCAAAAAGUUCUACGGAAAGUUCUGCGCCGGCUCCAUCGACCACAUUAGUAUCCGUCAGUUGCAGCUGGUCCUGCUAAAGGUCGCCUUACUGCUGGGGGUCGAAGUCCAUGUCAACGUGGAGUUUAAGAACCUGGUGGAGCCUCCAGAAGACCAGAGACACAAGGAGGGCUGGAGGAUGGAGGUGAGUCCAAAGUCUCAUCUCGUCAAUCAGCUGGAGUUUGAUGUGAUAAUUGGAGCAGACGGACGCAGGAACACGCUGCCAGGUUUCAGGCGUAAAGAGUUCAGGGGAAAGCUUGCCAUCGCCAUCACGGCAAACUUUAAGAAUAGAAACACCACAGCUGAGGCCAAAGUGGAGGAGAUCAGCGGCGUGGCAUUCAUCUUCAACCAGAGGUUCUUCCAGGAACUACGACAAGAAACGGGGAUCGACCUGGAGAACAUUGUCUACUAUAAAGACGACACGCACUACUUUGUGAUGACGGCAAAGAAACAGAGUCUGUUGGAGAAAGGAGUCAUCCUGCAGGACUUCGCAGACACCGAACAGCUCCUCUCUCGGGGGAAUGUGGACCAGAAUGCAUUGCAGGCGUAUGCCCAUGAGGCUGCCAACUUCUCGACCAAUCACCAGCUGCCAUCUUUGGAUUUUGCUAUGAACCACUACGGUCAACCAGACGUCGCCAUGUUCGACUUCACCUGCAUGUACGCGUCCGAGAAUGCCGCCAUUGUCCGCCAACGCCACGGACACCAGCUGCUCAUCACGCUGGUGGGAGAUAGUCUGCUGGAGCCCUUCUGGCCGAUGGGGACCGGUGUAGCUCGUGGGUUUCUGGCUGGUCUGGAUUCAGCCUGGAUGAUCAGGAGCUGGUCUCAGGGAGCAGCUCCUCUGGACGUGCUGGCUGAGAGAGAGAGUUUGUAUCGUCUCCUCCCGCAGACGACUCCGGAGAACAUGCAGAAGAACAUUAGCCUGUUCUCUGUAGAUCCAACGACACGAUAUGUCAACAUCAACCAUCUGACCAUCACACCUGCUCAGGUGAGACACCUGGUGGACACAGGAGAGAAGGCGGGGCUAAAUACAAACUGUGGUGACAUCAUCCGCCUGCCCUCACCCAGAUUCCCCAGAGAGGAGUCCUUCUCUCAGUCCAAUCAGCUGCUGACUUGGUGUCAGGAACAGACUCGUGGUUACCGUGGCGUUGCCGUUGAUGACCUGACUACUUCCUGGAAGAGUGGCCUUGCUCUGUGUGCUCUGAUCCACAGAUACAGACCUGACCUCAUACACUUUGACUCUCUGGAUCAGUCGUCUGUGGAAGAAAACACUCGUCUGGGCUUCGACAUGGCUGAGCGGGAGUUUGGGAUUUCUCCUCUGAUGACGGUGGAGGAGAUGUGGUCUGUAGGAGAACCAGACUCUCUGUCUAUGGUCAUGUACCUGAGUCAGUUCUACCAGCUGCUCAAAGACUCUCCACCCCCUGCUGGCUCGUUGUGUCACAGCUCUGACCUGAGGUCAGCUCUCAUCACUCCGGCCUCCCUCCUCAGCAGACUGGGACACAGUCCGUCCAGGAGAAAGAAACCGAACGAGCAGAUCGAUGCUGCAGGUAAAAGGAGGAAGACCAGUCGGCCUGGUCAAGAGCAGCACGAGUCAUGUGACCUAAAUGGUGACGUCGAGAGCCAGAUGUGUGACGAGGUGUUUGUGGGCGGGUCCAGUGGAUCCAGAGUUCGUCUGAUGGCCAAUCAGCUGCAGGCGAAGCUGGACGAGAGCUCGUCUACCUGCAGGAGUUCUUCUUCUUCUUCUUCUGCUGUUGCGGCUUUACGUCGACAGAAGAAACGAACUCUUCAACAGGAACAGAUGAGUUUUCGGUUCAAAGAGAAGCUCAAGUCUCAGAGUGUUGACACCAAGGAUGAGCAGUGUAUUCAGAUGUACACUGUUGGAGUGAGCUCAUUGGCUGAGCAGAUAGCCAAUCGAAGUCAGCCACAGGAGGAAGUGAGUUCGUUUGCAGUGAGCUGCAGUGACGUGUGUUUCCUGUGUAAGAAGAGAGUUUAUGUGAUGGAGCGUGUCAGUGCAGAGGGAUUGUUCUUCCAUCGCAGUUGUUUCCAGUGUGAUUACUGCAGCAGCACACUCAGACUCGCUGCAUAUGCCUACGACCAACACAGCGGGAGGUUUUACUGCCUUCAGCACUUUGACUGUCGUCUGAACGCCACGACCGUGAGGAAGAGACCGGCGCCAUCUGACAGAGCUGCUUCACACCGAACGUCUAUAGCGUCUCUAGCUUCAGCUCCCUCGCUCUCCUCCACUGACUCUCUGAUCUCAGCCGACCACCGCCGCCCGUCAGCGGUUUCUGUGAUGGCGGCGAUGCCUGAGAGGGUGGAGCUGGAAAACUACCGACGGAGCUCCACCAAGGCAGAGAAGGAGCUUGAGGAGGAACCCAAGGAGGUCUCUGAGGAGACCCUGAACUGGUUCAACCUGGGCGUGGAGCAGAAACACAACCGCAGGUCCAGUUCAGAGUCUGAGAUGGAGGAGGAGGAGGGGGAGAACAGAGGAGGAGGUCGACAUCGUGUGACUUCAGAGGAGGCCAGAAGUUCAUGGAAGGAAACUCUGCAGCUUCACCUGAGAAACACCCAGGAAGAGGAGGGGGAGGAGGAGGAGGGGGAAGUAGAGGAGGAUGAGGAGGCGGGAGGCAGUGAGGUGGAGACCAGCGACGAGGGGGAGUACAGCCCUUGGGAGAUGGAGCGUCGUUCAGGUCUGUGGCUCCUGAUAGAGGAGGAGACAGAGGAGGACCUCACUCCUGGCGUCUCUCAGAGUCCCUCCCCAGCUGAAGGAAGUGACAUCACACACUCUGUCACACCUGUGGAGCCGGACUCCACCUCCAGCCUGUCAUCAUGUAUCACUUCCUCCACACCUUCAUCUGUGACUCCGCCCCCCUGCACCACAACCUCCACUGCCUCCUUCAUCGCCACACCUGACUCCACCCACGAUGAGGGCAGAGACACAGCUCUGCCCACACACCUCACACCUGCUAUCGUCACGGAAACAGUUGCCCAGAGACAUGUCCCCCGACAACCUGUUGCUGGAGGGCGGGGCUCGUUCGAUGACAUCAGUCCUGAGCUGCCCCCGAAGAAGCCCCUACUGUUGCAGGAGAGAGGGGCGGGCACAGAUGAGGAAGUGGCGGAGUCAGAGUGGAUGAGGAGGAGGAAGAGACAUAAAGGAGCUCACAGCCUCCCCCCUCGCCUCCUCCUUCCCCCUCUGCAGGGCGGGAGCGGGGCUCUUCUCCUCCAGCUAAAGGGUCUCAGGGAGACUCUGCCUCCCGGACAGGUGGAGGUGGAAGGAGGCGGGGCCAGAGCUCUGUGGAGGGCAGUGUUCUCUGGAAACAAGAGGGAGAAGAGAGGCAGGACUUUACCUCCAGAGAGAGAAACAGCCAAUCAGAGGAGAGCUAAAGAUGUGAGAGGAGGUCUGAGUCUGACGGAAGAGUCUGAACUGGACUCGUCCACUCUGCUCCAGAGAUGUUCACUGACACCCAGAAACAAUCCUGCGUAUGUUCCUCAUGCUCUGGCUUUUAAACGAUCGUACGCCAUCAAGAGACGCUCUGUGAAGGACAGAGUUCCCCUCCAGGACUCUGAUGGACAGUCCUCUUGUCCCACAGAGGUUGUGGGGGUCCUGGUCCAGCCCAAAGAGCCGUCCAGUCUGAGUGUGAAGGAGACCAUGUUCCAAAGAGGACAACAGGACGAGGACGAAGACCUGGAUACAAAAAUCACCCGACGAGUUCAGAGAGCUGCUCGAAGACAGGCCAAACAGGAACAGCUAAAGAGACUUCACAAGGCUCAGAUGAUCCAGAGACAGCUGCAGCAGGUGGAGGAGAAACAGAGGCAGCUGGAGGAGAGAGGAGUGAUGGUGGAGAAAGCUCUCAGAGGAGAAGCUGAUUACUGGGGCGAAUCUAACGACAGUCAAGACCUCGACCUUCACUUGGGAGGACUGGGUAGACUGGAUAAUCCGGCUCUGAUGCAGCAGUGGUUCCAGCUGGUUCAGCAGAAGAACUCUCUGGUUCGAUAUGAAUCUGAACUCAUGAUAUUCGCUCGAGAGCUGGAGUUGGAGGACAGACAGAGUCGACUGCAGCAGGAGCUCAGAGAGAGGAUGGCAGUGGAGGACCACCUGAAGGAGGACUGGCAGCUGGUGGAGGAGCGUUUGAUCCUGGAGGAGAUGUUGGACGUGGUGGAGCAAAGAGACUCUCUGGUGUCUCUGCUGGAGGAACAGAGACUGCAGGAACGGCAGGAAGACCAGGACCUGGAGGAAGUCAUGAUGACCCGGGGACUGGGACUCAGCUGGAGCUGAAACUGGUCUGAACUGGUCUGAACUAAUCUGCAGGUACUCUGCUGGACUUGAGCCAGUCUGGACACCAAUACUAUGCUAACCGCUGUUCUUUGACUUUUUGAGAAUUUGGUCCAAAACUGAAGUGGACUCAUGGAGACCAAACCCAGAACAGACAAGUAUGAAUCCAUUUUCAAAAGCGUAAGAACAGAAACAGACCUGAAGACAGCCAGAGACGUGUUUGUCCCAUCAGCUCCUGUGAGAUUCUGAUUCCAGAUUACAGUUGAACUGAACUCUACGGUACCAGAUAGAUAAUGUCCUCAGUGUCCCAGAGCAGAGAUAACAGUUUCAGACACGUCUCAACUGGUUCUAGAGGACAGACCACUUCAGAGACCACGUUGACCCUCAGUCCAUCAUAUUCCAAUCAAAUCCCCCACUUAGAGCCCAGAUUUAAUUCCAUUAAGAAAUUCUAUUCCUGAAAUUAUCAACCCCCCCACCCCCCACCCCCCACCCAUAUUCAACUCAUCCUGUAAGUGACUAACUUUAACUAGUUAACUGAGUAACUUGAACUGGUUAACUCAGUGACUCGAACUGGUAUACGGAGUAACUUGAACUUGUUAACUGAGUAACUUGAACUGGUUAACUGAUUAACGAACUAUCAACAGAGUAACUUGAACUGGUUAACUUAGUGACUCGAACUGGUUAACGGAGUAACUUGAACUGGUUAACUGAGUAACUUGAACUAUUAACAGAGUAACUUGAACUGGUUAACUGAUUAACUUGAACUGGUUAACUUAGUAACUUGAACUGGUUAACUUAGUAACUUGAACUGGUUAACUGAGUAGCUUGAACUAGUUAACUGUGUAACAAACUAUUAACAGAGUAUCUUGAACUGGUUAACUUAGUAACUGGAACUGAGUAACUUGAACUAGUUAACAGUGACUUGAACUAGUAAACUGAGUGGUGAUCAGGUUUUAGGUCCACCACUGUAGCGAUGGCAACAGUUUGAGCUUUAGAACUAAAUGUUUAGCAGUAAAUUCUGAGCUGUAUUAAAGUAGUUGUAUUGAUUAUUGUGCCAACACCAUCAGCUGUUGAUCACCUGUCUGCCUUAUCUCAUCUCCACUUGCCAUUGAUCAAUAACUGUUUAUUAAUCCUCUUCCUAUGAACAUGUUGAUGUCAUGUGAUGAGCAGGUGGUUAUUAAUGUGACUAACUCUAAUGGUCUAAUAAAGACUUUAACUUUGA